AUGCCCACAGAGCCCCAACAUCUCAACAGCGCAGAGCAGCUAACACUCAAAACAACCCAGACUCAAAGACAAACAGCGCACACACUCCCUCACCACACUUGUCUCACGGGCAGCACGACGACCGGUAUCAGCGGUAGGAAUACCAUACCCACACCAUCAGCGAGAUCACAGGCAGUGGCGCACAGGAAGCAAGAUUUGGGGAAUCACCCUCGCAUCCAGCAAUCGCACACAAACCACAUACAGCCAAACCUCCAUCUCACCCAAACCGUCAACCUCACAACCCUCCAACUUUUGCGGCGAAGCAGCAACACUGAGAAAGUAGAAGACGUGCUAGUUCGAUACGGCAAGUUUACAGACUCAAAAAUCGCCCUCGAGAUUUUCACAGUACAGUCUCAACACCUGCUCGCUCUCAUCACAUCACCUUCGUACUACCUCGCCACACCUCCAACCUCAUCCGAAAAGCUCGACCCAGGUACUCGAUACCCCAUACCCAAUCCAUCAUCCCAAUGGCAUAGAUAA